AUGAUAGAUGAUGAAGCUCUCGUUGCUAGUUGGCUCCAUGAAGAAUCAACAUGGCAGCAACAAUUUCGUGGUUGGGAUUUUUCCCAGUUAACCUCCAGUGGGCGAAUAUUAUUUAACAUGUCUGAGGAACAACUCGGUUGGGAUUAUACAAAAAUUAUUUGCCAAACACUGGCAAAACUUUGCGAUGCAGAUGAUGAUAACAAGGAUGACGAAAUUUAUUUACUAGAUUUGGGAACAGGUGGUGGCGAAUUUUUAGAAGAAAUACUACCAAAACUUCCGACUAGAGGAAAAAAGUUAAGAGUAUAUGCAACAGAAUCAUAUAAACCUAAUUUUCUAUUAGCUAAUCAACGUUUGACUCAAUAUGGCGUUACUGUUAUUCAAAGUGAUCCAGAUAGUCUAAAUAGUUUGCUACCAUUUAUGAAUGAUGGACCCAAAUUCGACUUGAUCAUGUCUCGUCACACGUGUUACAAUACUCGUGAAGUCGACCGUCUGCUUAAAUUCGGAACUGGAAUCUUUAUAACGGAGCAAGUCGAUGGAACAUCUCAUCAAGAUUUGAUAAAAUUAUUUGGUCAUAAACCACAAUGGCCAUUUUUUAAUCUUGGUUAUGCUUCUUACCUGCUGAAACACCAAGCACCAUUCAUAAAACUGGUUAGAGCACAAGAAUCAGAAACAAAGUUGGUGUUUAAGGAUAUUGGUGCGUUGGUGAUUUAUUUACAUGCUGUACCAUGGUUAGUCAAAGAUUUCAGUGUACAAAAAUACCGUGAUAUUUUAUUGAGAUUAUAUCAUGAUGGACAAAAAGAAUUAGAAUUUACUAGCAAAUAUAUGUUCUUAAAAGCAAUUAAACGAACGGACAAAUAG